GUUGGAUUUUGUCUAAAAGGGUAUGAGAAGCAAUAUGAUACGCAAAUAUCUCCUCACGUCAUUUUUGGCAGCGUGUACUGCCGCCGUUGAGAUCUCAGUUGCGUCUUCUGGUGGAAACACCACCAGCGGCCUGCAAUAUGGUAUUAUGGAAGAGGAAAUCAACCAUUGCGGUGAAGGUGGUCUAUACGCCGAACUGAUCCGCAACAGAGCCUUCCAGGGUGGCACCACAUAUCCUUCAUCGUUGGAUGCGUGGAUCCCCGUCAACGACGCAUCCCUUUCUCUCAAGAACCUGAGCUAUCCUCUUUCCUCUGCCUUGCCUACAUCCGUGAAUGUCAAAGGAACAGGUAAAGUCGGACUCGCGAAUCUGGGCUGGUGGGGGAUCGACGUCCAGGAACAGAAAUACACCGGAUCGUUUUAUGUAAAGGGGUCUUAUAAUGGGUCGUUUACGGCCUCGCUUCAGUCGAAUGAGACGAGUGAUGUAUUCGCCAGUGUGGAGAUUGCGUCGGCGAGUGUGAGGGGUGCAUGGACGCAGCAUAAUUUCACUCUUACCCCGACCAAGGCUGCGGGUGAUGUGAAGAAUACGUUUUCUAUUAGCUUCGAUGCUUCGCAAGCUGUGGAUGGUUCUCUCGACUUCAACCUCAUCAGCCUCUUCCCUCCGACAUGGAAUGACCGGCCGAAUGGAAUGCGCAAGGAUUUGAUGCAAACUCUUUCCGACAUGAAGCCUAAAUUCCUCCGCUUCCCUGGUGGCAACAACCUUGAAGGUGACACCAUUCCCGGCCGGUGGAAAUGGAACGAGACAAUCGGUGAUCUCAAAGAUCGGCCCGGUAGAGCUACUACCUGGGGUUACCAGGAGACUCUCGGAUUAGGUUUGAUCGAGUAUAUGGAAUGGUGUGAUGAUCUGGAAGUAGAGCCUAUCCUAGCAGUCUGGGCCGGAUUAGCCCUAAACGGCGACGUCGUCCCCGAAGCCGAUCUAGAACCGUAUAUCCAAGACGCUCUGGACGAGAUUGAAUUCCUCACUGGCGCUGAGGACACAGAACACGGUGCCUUGCGCGCAUCGCUGGGCUAUCCUACGCCAUGGACGAUCAAAUACGUCGAAGUCGGAAACGAAGAUAACCUUAACAAUGGACUGGAAUCGUACAAAUCAUAUCGCUUCCAGGCAUUCUACGAUGCUAUCAAAAAGAAGUAUCCCGAUAUCACAGUUCUGGCGUCAACGAUCGAUAUGACUCUUCCUGGUGUUGCGGGUGGUGAUUAUCAUCUAUACGAUGAGCCGGAUAACUUUGUGACCAAGUUUAAUUUCUUCGAUCAAUAUACUGAUGAACAUCCUAUUUUGCUUGGUGAAAUCGCCGCAACGCAAUUCAACGACGGAGGCGAGAUUAACUGGGAUGAUAAAAACUUCUCAUUAUAUCCGUGGUGGAUCGGGACUAUUUCCGAAGCUGUUUUCCUCAUGGGCGCAGAGCGGAACGCAGACAAGAUUCUUGGAACUACAUAUGCACCAUUCCUCAUGAACUUAGACAGCUACCAAUGGUCACCGACCCUGAUCGCCUUCAACGCAGACCCAUCCCAAACAGCCAAAUCGACAAGCUGGUAUCUCUACGAACUCCUCGCAACCUCGCACAUCACAAAUACCCUCCCCACAAACUCCUCGACCGGCUUCGGUCCCCUCUACUACGUCGCCGGUCUGGAUAACAGCACAAACUCGCAUGUCUUCAAGGCAGCCGUGUACAAUAGUACCGCCCCCGUGCCGGUCUCGCUUACCUUCUCUGGUGUGGAUGCGGGUACUUUGGCAGAAUUAACAGUCCUCACGGCCGGAAGCCCCUUCGCGAUGAACGAAGUUGGAGGGGAGUCGAAUGUGGUCGUUCGCAAUGUAUCGACCGUUACGGCUGGAACGGAGGGUGUGUUUGAGUUUGAGUUGCCGGAUUUGAGUGUUGCUAUUUUGAAGACGGAGUAGACAGCAUACGG